UGUUAUUCUUGUAGCAGUAGCACAGAGCCUGUUUGCUGCUGCACGGUGUAUUAGCCAGCCUAGCGCGCGACUAAAGGCUGCGACGCAACUAAAUCUCCUGCUCCUGCGGCGACGAAGCCGAGAGCAUCAGAGAGGCUCAGCUCCUGCCAGGUUGCGCUCCGAUCAGACCUCUUCUGUUGGACAUGAAAGUGCAGCAAGGCUGCAACUCAGGAGACAUGGGGAUCCCGGUUACUACUGAAGAAGAACUGCGCAGAAAUACCGUAAUAACGCCCGAAGAUGUGCUGGGGCUGCAGAAGAUCACCAAGAAUUAUCUUUGUUCUCCAGAAGAAAACGUCCACAUGAUCGACUUCACCAGGUUUAAGAUCCGUGACAUGGAAACAGGGACAGUCCUUUUUGAGAUUACUAAACCUCCAGCACCAGCAGGAGGAAGAAAGCAGUGUGACCCCAACGCCGGCCGUUUUGUCAGAUAUCAGUUCACCCCAGCCUUCCUGCAGUUGCGGCAGGUUGGCGCAACAGUGGAGUUCACAGUCGGAGAUACACCCAUCAACAACUUCCGCAUGAUUGAGAGACACUACUUCCGCGAUCAGCUGCUUAAGAGCUUCGAUUUUGAGUUCGGCUUCUGCAUGCCCAGCAGCAAGAACACAUGCGAGCACAUCUACGAGUUCCCUGUGCUGUCUGAGGAAAUCAUGCGAGAGAUGAUCCUGAACCCUUAUGAGACACAGUCCGACAGCUUCUACUUUGUCGACAACAAGCUGGUGAUGCACAACAAGGCAGACUAUUCCUACAGUGGGGGGCCGUAGAAGAAGACCCCCCCACCACCACCACCACCUUUCACUUCUCCCUGUUUUAGACAUUUUCCAUUAUCUAUGUACCUCUGCAGGAACAGAAACAGAUGAACUGAUGGACGAUCCACUCUUUUCUCUCUACUGUUAACUCAAUGAUUUUACAUUCAGGUAUUCAGCUGCCAGACCAAUAGAUUUCCUCUUUUUGCCUCUUUGCAGGAACAUUGAAUUCUAACAGUUUAAGCAUCAGUGUGUGUGUGUGUGUGUGUGUGUGUAUGUGUGAGUGAGGGGGUGAGUGAGUGAGUGUGUGGGCAGCAAACACAUGCAGUGUCUGUACAUGCUGUUGAUUUCAGUCUGUGUACGUGGGUUCCUCUUGAUCAUCACAAAAAGUUUAAUUUACAUUUUGUAGGUUUUGAUAGAGAUAAGUACGAAGAGAAAACAGGACAGAGUGUUAUUUGUUCUUACCAAACCAGACAGGAAGCACACCAAGGGAUAGCGUUUUUUUGUCAAUAGUAAGUGUAUUAGCCACAGGAGAAGCUGGUCAGAUCAGCCUCUUUAUUGAGAGACCAGCUGGAGUGCUGGCACAGAGCUGGGCUUUACAUAGCUGCAGAUGGGACUGUUUGUCCCAUUUACUUGUCUAUUUUAAAGAAAAACACACCAAAGGAAUCACUGAUGAUGUAAGUGUACACAUUAUAGAAAUACCAUGUGCUUUAUUUUGCUGUCAGCAAGCCAAUUUGUUUGGCACUGUACCACAACCUCCACACAUGGUGUUCUUCUUACAAAUACAGUACUGGACAUAACUUUUAGGCAUGUUUGGACUAUAAGUUUAGGAUGAAGUUAGGCGUAGAUGUGGCAAGUAAGCCACCUGAGCAGGAAGGAGGAUUGACACAACCCCAGUAGUGCUCUGGAUGUCCUUGCAAAUUACCAAGGGCAUAAGAAAUAAUCUGUUGAAAUAAUAACUAAGUUCUCAUCUUUAGUGAUCAAUAAAUCAGUAAGGGGUGGAUGUGGUAAGUAAGCGUGGCCAAGGGUAUUGUGCGUAGGGUUGCCACAAGCCCCAGGCCAUGUUGUGGAUUCCCCAAGGGCCUGGAAACCGCUGGCAGUCUCCAGGCAUAUUAUAAGGGGUGAAAAGGCCUAUACAAAAGAAAUGCUAUCAAGCUUGACCUUGGCUGCCAAGUGACACACGUGUGUCAACAUGUGUUGAGCCCCCCACUCUCCAGCCCUGGGUUGUGGCACAUAAAUCUUUAACACCCUACAUGCCUAAAAUGUAUGCACAUUACUGUACAUCCAUCCAUUACCUACAACACUUAGACCAUUCAGAGAUGCAGAGGGCUGGAGCUGAUCCCAGCUGUCACUGGGACACCCAGGACUGGUCAUCAGUCAAUCUCAGGGCUGAAAUAUAAAGACCAGGUACCCACACUUCAACAGGAAACCUAACAAGCAUGUUUUUAGUCUGUUGGGGUGAGCCAGGGUACACAGAGAGAACCCUUGCAUGCAUGGGAAGAACUUGCAAACUCCACACAGAGAAACACUGUGUGGUGGGGAUAACCACCAGGCCAAAGGGCAGGCCACAAAAAAUAUGUUGCAAACACAUUGUUAUUUAAAAAAAAAAAAUUAAAAAUAACAAUUUUACCUUACAGUAUAUAUGGAAUGAUGCAAUAGGAUAUUUUAUGCACCAAAGCUUUCAUACUGAACAACUCUCUUUAAAAGACAUUCGUCAAAAUUUCAAAUAUUAAACAGGACUACUCAUGAGGCUAAUGGAAAUUUGUUUUCAAAAUAAUUUAAUGGCCUUUUUGUAUUGUACGAUAAAACCCACAGUUGUGAUAUGUCUGCUGUGAAUUAAAAAACAGAGUAAGAAUAACAAACUCUGAUGCUGUUACUGCUCUGUUUCUGCUGGAUAAUCUUUAACAUUUGUGGCUUGAAAUUAUCUCAGAAUUUCACAAAACAAUUAUCAGUCUUCCCUGGAAAAUUCAAAUUGAGUCACACACCAUGGACCCAGUGUGCUGCAGGUAGGAGAACAUACAGUAUAUAACUACAUGCAUGGUGCGUCAUUAAGUAUAGUGCUCUAACAAAGUGGCUUGUUGAAGGCAAAGCACUGAUUAUGUCACAAAAUAACACACCCCUCCUCCAUCAUUGAUUGCUGGGUUGUUUUUUUUUUCUUAAAAUGAGUUAAAAUAAGUCAUAAA